GUUGCGAAGGCCGUCAAGCAUAGCAGCUGUGAUACAAAUUUUCAGCUUCUAUUUGCAAGAAGUCUAUGGUUUCUUUAGUGAGAGUUUUCAUUAUGACAGUGCGCUCAACAGAGUGGCCAAAACCAUCGUCAUUAUCGAAGGGCGAUCUCGGAGUCUUACUGAGAUUGAUUGGCCUGUAAUGUCCAUUUCGCUUUUUUGGGGACCAGCACCUCACGUGCAUCUAACAAGGGGUUUGGAUGCUUCUCACUCUCUAUUCACUACCGUAAUUUCUUCACAUGGACGAAAUCAUCUCGAGGGAGCUCCCAACCACGAGCCAUGUGAAGGAACGAACGAGCGAUGAAUAUCCUAGGCACGACGAAGACUCAGCUCUUGUGGACGUCUCUACCGAUCCUCCUGUUCGCCGUUCUUCAUCCCUGAAAGCAAAUAGAUCAGUUGAUGGUGCAAGAUCGCACAAGAAAUCUCAUUCGAGGACUCACUCUUUGACAAUACAUCCCAUGAGACAACCGAUGCCAACUCACAAUAACGUUAUUCCAACUAGCACCACUACAGCAUCACCCCAUCCAGCAACAAAGCAAGGCAGAAGAGGAUCUCUGCCAGCGUUGACUGUUGCCAUCAAACCAAGCAAGGCCAAGGACUUUGGUUCACCGGCUAGAUCACCUUACUUUGCUAGCCGUCUAGCGGGAAGUUCUUCUUUGCUUAACUCACCCAUACCAGAGAAAGGCGGUGUCUCCAUCCAGAUAGCGCACCCUGAGUCCGAUCUCACCAAUUUCCAUAUAACCAACCGACAAGAGACUAUCGCAAAGAACUUGUCAUACAUUCUUUGCUGGUACAUAUUUUCCACAUGUCUUUCACUAUAUAACAAAAAUUUGAUGGGCAAGGAUCGAUUCAACUUCAACUUUCCAUUGUUGGUAAGCGCCAUUCACACUGGCCUGCAUUCUAUCAUCACUGCUGUCAUGAUGGCAGUGGGAGGUAGUCGUUGGAACCCAAGGAAAAGUGGCGAUACAGUGUCCAUGCACAAUUAUAUAUUUAAAGUGGUACCGUGCGGGUUAGCUGCUGCCCUUGAGAUUUGCUGUGCCAAUGCAUCUCUAGUGUUCAUCUCUCUCAGCUUUUAUACCAUGGUCAAGUCCAGUACUCCCAUUUGGGUUCUUCUGUUUGCUCUCUUGUUCGGAUUGGAAAAGCCCCGUAUUCUGGUCAUCUCCAUUAUCAUAGUCAUGGUCAUUGGUGUUAUCCUAACGGUAGAAGGCGAGACAAAGUUCGACAUGACUGGAUUCGUAUUGGUGUUGACUGCCUCCGUCAUGUCGGGCUUGCGAUGGAGCUUGACACAGCUUUUAUUACAACACGACAGCUUGGGAAUGGAUAACCCGGUGGCCACCCUGUACCAUCUUAGCCCCGUCAUGUUUGUUACUAUGGCAACCCUGAGCUUAAUUUUUGAAGAUCCAAUCGGGCAAUUUAGGCACUCUGAACACUUUGAUAGUGCCUUCCAUGUUGUAGAGUCGUUUGGUCUCAUGGCCAUUGGUGGUUUACUAGCUUUUGCAAUGACCUUGGCGGAAUUUCACCUUAUCAAAAGCACCAAUACAAUUACGCUGAGCGUGGCUGGCAUUAGCAAGGAAGUGGUGAUCAUCACACUCUCUGUGUUGAUAUAUGGCGACGUCUUAACCCCUAUCAACUUGCUUGGACUUGCGGUUUCUAUCAUUGGAAUUAUUGCCUACAAUUACUACAAACUAUCAAAACAUGGUAAAGACCAAGGCUACGAGCAUCUUCCUAUGCAUGGUUCAAACAAACUUGAAGAUUAGAUCUAUCAGAACAUCCUACUUUGUACACAACACUGCAAUGUAUUCCCUUUUGUAAUUUAUACUCACAAUCCCUCAUUCCUGUCCAUAUACCAGCAAGCAAUUCUUAUAAAUCGGCAGGUCAUGCAAAGAUUUUCAUCUUUUUGAUCCUUAGCAAUUCGUAUCCCCCAUAACUAUUUUUUAAAAAACCUCUU